GCCAGGCCGGGGGAGGGAGGGAAGAGAUGGGAAGGGGAGAUCGCCCCCUCCUCUCCCUCUCCCUCUGUCUGUUUUUUUUGCAGGUGUGUCAAUUUUAAUUCUGCCCAGUAGGUGGGACUUGGUGACUUUCGCACCGUUUUUGUUAUUUAUUUAUUUCCCCGGCUGCUUCUCUCUCUCCCUCCCUUCCUCCCCUCCCAUCCCUCCCUCCCCAGCCUCCCGUUGCGAUCCUCCGGAGCGGCUGCGGGAGCGGCGGGCGGCCGGGCCGGCAUGCAUCCAUCCCCGCCCGCGGCCGCGGCCGCUGCCCUAGCGGGAAUUACAGCCUCUCCCAGCCAGCUGCCAGCAUGAUUUCAUCUGCUGGAGGAUUUUUGCAGCUGAUCGCUUGAGGUUUUGUUGUUGUUGAUUUUUGUUUUUUUUUUUUUUUUUUUUUUUUUUUUUUUCUUUUUUCCUCCCCUCUGUCUUUGUUUCCUUCCCCCCUUUCCCCCCCUUCCCCUCCCUCCAUCCCCCCUUUCCUCCUCCUCCUCUUUUUUAGAAGCAGCAAUCGGAGAUGGAUGUCUCUCUUUGCCCUACCAAGUGCACUUUCUGGAGGGUUUUUUUGCUCUGGAGCAUUUGGGGAGACUAUCUGCUUUCGGUGCUGGCUUGCCCUGCUAAUUGUCUUUGCAGCAAGACAGACAUCAAUUGCAAGAAGCCGGAUGAUGGGAACCUCUUCCCUCUCUUGGAAGGGCAGGAUUCAGGCAGCAGCAAUGGCAACACGAGCAUCAAUAUCACGGACAUCUCAAGGAACAUCACUUCCAUACACAUAGAGAACUGGAAGAACUUGCAGACGCUGAACGCCGUUGACAUGGAGCUGUACACAGGACUCCAGAGGCUGACAAUCAGGAACUCAGGACUACGAAACAUCCAGCCAAGAGCCUUUGCCAAGAACCCACACCUGCGCUAUAUAGACCUCUCUGGGAACCGGCUCACCACUCUGUCAUGGCAACUCUUCCAGACACUGCGACUCUUUGAACUGAGACUAGAGAGGAACCUUUUCAACUGCAGCUGUGACAUCCGCUGGAUCCAGCUCUGGCAGGAGAAGAGCGAGGCAAACCUGCAGUACCAGGAUCUCUACUGCAUGACCAUGGAUGCAGCCAUCAUCACCCUGAAGGAGAUGAACAUCACCCAGUGUGAUCUUCCUGAGAUCAGUGUGAGCCACGUGAACCUGACGGUGCGGGAAGGGGAGAACGCGGUCAUCACCUGCAACGGCUCAGGAUCGCCGCUGCCGGACGUGGACUGGACAGUGGCUGAACUCCACUCCAUCAACACCCACCAGACCAACCUCAACUGGACCAAUGUUCAUGCCAUCAAUUUGACCUUGGUGAACGUCACCAGUGAGGACAAUGGAUUCCUGCUCACCUGCAUUGCUGAGAACGUGGUGGGGAUGAGCAAUGCCAGUGUGCUGCUCACUGUCUACUAUCCCCCUCGCAUCCUUACUCUGGAGGAGCCAGUGCUGCACAUGGACCACUGCAUUGCGUUUGCAGUGCACGGGAACCCAGCUCCCACCCUGCACUGGCUGCACAAUGGCCAGGUGCUCCGCGAGACCGAGAUCAUCCGCAUGGAGUUCUACCAGCAAGGGGAGGUGUCUGAGGGCUGCCUGCUCUUCAACAAACCCACCCACUACAACAAUGGCAACUACACCAUCGUGGCCACCAACCAGCUGGGCUCAGCCAACCAAACCAUCAAAGGACACUUCCUUGAAAAGCCUUUUCCAGAGAGUACGGACAGCUUUGUCUCAAUCGGUGAUUAUGAAGUGAGUCCCACCCCACCCAUCACUGUGACCCACAAACCAGAGGAGGACACUUUUGGGGUGUCCAUAGCGGUUGGGCUGGCAGCUUUUGCUUGUGUCCUCUUGGUCGUGCUCUUUAUUAUGAUCAACAAGUAUGGCCGGCGCUCCAAGUUUGGGAUGAAAGGUCCCGUGGCAGUGAUCAGCGGCGAGGAGGACUCAGCCAGCCCUCUGCACCACAUCAACCACGGCAUCACGACGCCCUCGUCGCUGGACGCCGGCCCCGACACGGUGGUGAUCGGCAUGACGCGCAUCCCCGUCAUCGAGAACCCCCAGUACUUCCGACAAGGUCACAACUGCCACAAGCCAGACACGUAUGUCCAGCAUAUUAAGAGGAGAGACAUCGUUUUGAAGAGGGAGCUGGGAGAAGGUGCCUUUGGGAAGGUGUUCUUGGCCGAGUGUUACAACCUCAGCCCCACCAACGACAAAAUGCUGGUGGCAGUGAAGGCUCUGAAGGACCCCACGCUGGCAGCCCGCAAGGAUUUCCAGCGGGAGGCAGAGCUGCUCACCAACCUGCAGCACGAGCACAUCGUCAAGUUCUACGGCGUCUGCGGCGACGGCGACCCGCUCAUCAUGGUCUUCGAGUACAUGAAGCACGGGGACCUCAACAAAUUCCUCAGGGCACACGGCCCAGAUGCAAUGAUCCUGGUGGAUGGGCAGCCUCGACAAGCCAAAGGGGAGCUAGGGCUAUCCCAGAUGCUCCACAUUGCCAGCCAGAUUGCCUCUGGAAUGGUGUACCUUGCCUCCCAGCACUUUGUGCACAGAGACCUGGCCACCAGGAACUGCUUGGUCGGAGCCAACCUGCUGGUGAAGAUUGGAGACUUUGGGAUGUCAAGAGAUGUCUACAGCACUGAUUACUACAGGGAAGGGCCGCGUCUGAAGGGCCAGCUCAGCGCAGCGUGGCAGCGACAGAGACUGGCACCGUCGGCAGCUGCAACAGUUGGAGGACACACCAUGCUGCCUAUCCGCUGGAUGCCUCCUGAGAGCAUCAUGUACAGGAAAUUCACCACAGAGAGUGAUGUCUGGAGCUUCGGGGUGAUCCUCUGGGAGAUUUUCACCUAUGGGAAGCAGCCCUGGUUCCAGCUCUCAAACACAGAGGUCAUUGAGUGCAUUACCCAAGGCCGAGUUUUGGAGAGGCCCCGAGUCUGCCCAAAGGAGGUUUACGACAUCAUGUUGGGCUGCUGGCAGAGGGAACCUCAGCAAAGGCUCAACAUCAAGGAGAUCUACAAGAUCCUCCAUGCUCUGGGCAAGGCCACACCAAUCUACCUGGACAUCCUUGGCUAGCAGUGGCCACUUGUUGGAAGUCCCUGCUCCUUCCUCCCGUCCUUCCUUCCCUCUCCCCCUCCCAAACCCUUUUCCCCUCAGCUCCCAAGCAAACAUCUUCAUAUAAACUCAAGUGCCUGCUACACAUACAACACUGAAAACAAAAAAAAAAGCAAAACAAAAAGCAAACCAACAAAAAACCCACAGAACAACAACCUGUAAAGCAGUUUGGCUUAUAUAUAUUUAUAGAUAUCUCUCUCUAUAUAACUUCCACACCAAUACAGAAAGAAGCUGCUGUUACAGAAAAUUGUGAGACUAUAUAUAUUAAAAAAAAAGAAACAAAAAAGGGAGAAAAAAUACUUAAAAAAAUAUAUAUAAUUAAAAAGGAAAAAAAAAGAGAAAGAAAGGAGAAGGUAUCUUUCCCCCGAGCAAUCAAGCAGUGAAAUGUAACCCUGCUGUGAGUAUGGUUCGGGCAGCUGGGCAGGGCUCUAGACUGGCUGUGGCAGCAAUGCCAUCCUGGGUAGGAGCUGCAGGAAGAAAGCCUUGCCCUGGUUGUAUGAUAUGCACUGAAUGUGUGAAAUCAGUCCUCCCUUUUCGUCCUUGCCUCCCUCCCUCCUUGCCAGCCCGCAGGUGAUGGGCACAGAGCCAGGGCAGUGCCCCUGGAUGAACUCUCUUUUACCAACCCCUUCCUCAUCCCUUUCUGCCUUCCUGCCUUUUUCCUCCCUCCAACAUUUCAGGACAAUUUUUCUAAUUUGCUGAUUCUUAAAUGUACAGACUCAAGGCUUUUGAGCACACAGUCAAAGGAUUGUGGCACCUACGGGUAAAACACACCGGGUAAAACACACACACGGGGGAGCAGCCACCCUCCUGCAGGCUGCAGGCUCCUGCCCCAGCCCUCCCCUGCCCCAGCCCUCUGCCAGUGCUGGGAGAGCAGCAGGACCAAAGCAGCUGUGCCUGGGGCCCUGGGGACCCGGUCCUGAAUCAUCCCCAACCCACUCCAGUGUGAGACAGGAGUGCUGCUCACCCAGGGCAUCACUUUGGAGGAACAACCCCACUCCUCCCUGCCCUCAUGGCUGUCAGUGGCCACGGGGUUGGUUGGUGGCCGUGGGGUUGUUCCCCUGCCCUCAGCUGUCUGCACCAGGGCCAAAUUGGCCCCCGGUGUAAACUUUUAGUGAGCAGGGUUGGAUCCUUGCUCUCCCCAUGGGGGAAAGGCUACAGGGUGCAGACAGCUGGGAACAUGCCUGCAGCCCUGCUGGGCAUUCUGGGGGGGUCAGCAUAUCCCAGCACUCUUCCUCCCCAUCCUCUCCCCUUCCCCAUUCGUGCCCCAUGCCUCAGCCCAAGCCUCAGGCGCAAGCCAGCGGGGGACAGGGAGGGGGACCGGGCUCGUGAGAUGGCUGGGAACCUACCAACACCUGCCUGCAGCUCCCUUGCCAUUCUCCUCACGUCGCCAUCCCCUGAAAGGAUUGAUGCAUCUGCCUUUGAGCUGUUGUGAAAUGCAGAGGCUGAAGAAUAGCUCCACAGGCAGCCCCGGGAGGAGGGGGAAGGAGGGGAAGGUGCCUCCAGGAGCAGACGGCUCAGCGGAUGGCCGCAGCGGCCAGCCUUGCAUCUCAAUGAGGAGAAAGGCAGCAACAGGGGGUGCUGGGGACAGCCAGGGAGAGACAGCAGCAUCCUCGCUGUGCCUGAUCUCCCCGGAGCAGAAAAUAAUCCUGACCUGGGGAAAUACUCAGUCAGAUGCUGGAUCCUGCCUGUCCGGACUGGGCUGAGAACACAAAACCUUUCUGGGCCUUUUUUUCAUGUGGGUAAUGGAGGAUGAGGGGGAAGCUCAGCUUGGCAGCUGCUCUCAGGAGGCAGGGAACGGGCGGCACAGGCAUUGUCAAGGCGAUUUUGAGAAGGCAACAACUGCCAGCACAAAAAUAGCCUGCUCGGAUGUGGCACUUGUGGAAGGCAAUGCGGAUGGGGGAAGAGGGGACAGAGAGGGGUUCUUGGCUCCUUCCCCAUGGCCAGAGAUGCAAGGGGAGCUAGGUGACUGGUUAUGCACUGGAAGGGAAGAUCUUGUAUCCUCUCCCCAUCCCCCAUGUCUCCUGACAAUCAAUAUCUCUCACUCAUGCACGGGCAUGGCCUGUCUGAUGGUUUCAGAUAGGGGCAGGGGACACUGGUAAAGGAGGAUUGUGGUGCCAACAGCAGCUGUGGGUUUAUUCUGUGUCUGUGUAAUGGGCAGUGAGAGCCUGGGGUGGGAGAUGAUGCAGUGGUGGCAGUGCCCACGUGGGGGUGAGGACACAGCCUUCCUCUGCCUGUUAGAGAGAGUUAGGACAGACUGGUGCCUGUGGGGCCUGGACAGACUGCCACUGAACAGGCACCAGGAGCUCACAGCAUCACCAGUGAUGGCAUGGUCAUGGAAAGGCUGUGGGCCAGCACCAGGAGUCCACACACAGGAACACUGUACCAUGCUGCCUCUCCAUAGCAGGGACUUGCUCUUUUAGGAGAAGAUAUCCUGCCUAUUUAGGUCCAACUUUGAAAGGGGAAAAGAGUGGUUAAAGGGUUGCUGGCCCCAGCCUGGCUGUCUUUUAGUGCAGGCUGCUUGGCUGAAAGGGUUGGAGAUUCACCACAGGGAGAGAACAAGCAAUGGCUGUUAAUUGUCCAGCAUCUCCAGGAUAAAACCCUUUCCUGGGCCAGCCUGUCUCUUACCCCAAGGGGUUUCUUGCUCUUGUGGCUCCCAGCCAUUUUGCAAGGCCACAGUUUUGUCCACCCCUCUCUAUCACUCCCACUCUGUCAUUUCUUUUUUGGCUUUUACACUACAAAGUCACCUACAGACACUGGUUCCCAGCUGAUGAGAUCCCUCCUCACAGCAGCUACAUCCUCCCUUCCUCACUUCUCUCCUCCUUCCCCUCCUCCCCAGCACCACCACCCUGUCCCCUUCACCACCUCUUUGUACUGUCACAAUGACAAGGUGAGCUCAGGAGCCAAGUGUGACACCGAGCCUUGAUGCUGCAUGUUUAGGAUUAGGUGGCCUGUGAGGAGAGUUUGUGUGUCUCCAGAAGAUGGCAAAUGGCUGAAGAAGGUGGUGAUAUGCUCAGGCUCUGGCUGCUUUGCUCUGGCUUUUUGUCAGAGUUAAUUGUGAACUGUUGCUCAGAAGAGCUGGAUAAGCUGCACUUCUGUGCUGUGACAUCU